UGUCAGCCGAGAACGUAGACGAGUCAGUUUUUAUCUGUCGUUUGUUGAUAAAAAAGGUGUGGGACAAGUACAUUAUUUCUAACCGCCUUAAAUAACAAUGGUAGUUGCUUCGAGAUAAGUUCGAACGUUGGUUAGAGUGCUUCGAGCGGAUUCAAUUCGGUGGAGCCCGAAGCGGGUGGUGCACGUAAAAAAUAUGGCUUGUGUACCUUUACUGACAAGACGUUUGUUCGUUUGUGUGGUUUUGUUCCUAUAUUUAUGCACGACUCAUGCAGCUGAAUCGAAUGCCUCGACGAGCCGCAAAGAGGCGGCCGCGGACGGCCCGGAGCCCCCUCACUGCAUCUGGUACGGCGAGUGCAACAUGAACGCGUUCAUGAGGAAACAGAACUGUCCGUACAACGGCACAGCUAAACCGUUGCAACCCAAGGGCUUGAAAUACCUGACGAAGCUGUGUCCGGAACUGAGUCCGGACGCGCUUUGUUGCAACGCCGACCAACUCGAGACGAUGGACUCGAGCAUCGAUUUGGCGGCCAACUUGCUCCAGAGAUGUCCAAGCUGCUACUCAAACCUGGUGCGUCACUUGUGCCAGAUGACGUGCAGCCCGCGCCAAUCCGAGUUCAUGGAGGUGAAGAAAACUGCCGUCAACAAGGACAAAAUUCCGUACAUCACCGAGAUCGAUCUCUACGUCGACGAAGAAUACCUGACCGGCACCUUCAGCUCCUGCAAAUCGGUCAGCGUGCCGGCGACGGGCCAGAAGGCUUUGGACUUGAUGUGCGGCCCAUGGGGCUCUUACAGAUGCAACGCGAAUCGUUGGUUCACUUAUAUGGGCGCGGUGGCCGGCAAUCCGUUCGUUCCUUUCCAGAUCAACUACAGGAACAACAGCGACGGAGGGUUCAAACCGAUCAAUCCGAAAGUCGUACCCUGCAACAAAGGAACUACUGCCUCCUCACCAGCGUGUAGCUGCGUAGACUGCGAGUCGAGUUGCCCCGUACCUCCACCUCAACCCCCAAAACCUGAACCUUUCAAUAUCGCCGGCUUCGAUGGUUACAGUUUCUUGAUGGUUGUUUUGUUCCUCGUCGGUUCUUUAAUGUUCCUUCUAAGCGUUUAUGCCUGUUCAACACGGAUGCAGUUUGUGACAGGUUUGUUAGUGGCGGGUAGUGACGAAAUGAGGGCGGCCGUGGGUCGGCGAUUGGCCAACGCUUCUGAACGACACUCAUCCCAGGUGGCGCUCGACAACGAGGACAGUCCCCUACAACAGGACAGCAAACGAUCCAGUGUGACAUCUGAUGCUGGCCACGAGAUGGACACCCAUUCCAUAAACAAAGUGCCCGGCGAUUACGCCACGUCGACGUUCAUCGAACGACUGGGUGCCAACACCGAUUCCAUUCUGCAAAAGUUCUUCGAAAAGUGGGGCGUCGUGUGCGCCGAACGGCCGUGGGUCGUACUCUUCUUGGGAUUCUGUUUGGUAGUGGCCCUCGGACAUGGCGUCAAAUACCUUAAAAUCACCACGGAUCCAGUCGAAUUGUGGGCCUCGCCAUCCUCACGCUCUCGUGUCGAACGUGAAUUCUUCGAUAGCCACUUCGAACCGUUCUACAGGAACGAGCAGCUGAUCAUCCGUUCCGUUAACAUGUCAGAGAUCAGGCACAACACUUCGGACGGGGUCGUGAUUUAUGGCCCCGUGUUCAACGACACCUUUUUGAAGGCGGUGCUCGAUCUGCAGCAACAAAUCAAGAACAUCGCCAAAGACACUGAUCACAGUUUCGACAAGAUUUGUUUCGCGCCCUUGCGCACCGAAGGACAAAAGGAGACCAACACCAACGAGUGCGUAGUACAAAGUAUUUGGGGCUACUAUCAGGACGAUGUGGAGAAGUUCGAUGAAACGUCCGAGGAUCCAAAUGGAAUGAUUAUCAAUUAUCUCGAUUCUUUCUCCAAUUGUGCCCAAAAUCCCUAUAACCCAGAUUGUCUUGCACCUUAUGGUGGUCCAGUCGAUCCGGCGAUAGCCCUGGGUGGUUUCCUGCCACCCGGUACGAGUCUGUCGCAGAACCCUCCAUACAACAACGCGACUGCCAUCAUUCUCACCUUCCUGGUCAACAAUUAUCACAACAAAACGAAAUUGAAGCCCGCAAUGGAAUGGGAGAAGAAAUUCGUCGCCUUCAUGAAGAACUACACCGAAACUAUGAAGCCAGACUUCAUGGAUAUCGCAUUCACCUCCGAACGUUCAAUCGAAGAUGAACUGGACAGGGAGUCUCAAUCGGAUGUGUACACCAUAUUGGGUUCCUAUUUGAUCAUGUUCGCCUACAUCGCCGUCUCCUUGGGACAAGUGAACCAAUGCAGCAGACUGCUGAUUGAUAGUAAAAUCACCUUGGGUCUUGGUGGUGUCAUAAUCGUGCUGGCCUCUGUCGUCUCAUCCGUCGGUUUCUUCGGAUUCGUCGGACUUCCAGCCACACUCAUCAUCAUUGAAGUUAUUCCGUUCCUCGUGCUGGCAGUGGGAGUUGACAACAUUUUCAUUCUAGUCCAAACCCAUCAGAGGGAAACACGCAAACCAACCGAAACACACUCGCAACACAUCGGCAGAAUAUUGGGACAAGUCGGACCGUCCAUGCUUUUGACCAGCGUUUCUGAGAGUUGUUGCUUCUUCUUGGGAAGUCUGUCCGAUAUGCCGGCCGUGAGGGCGUUCGCCUUGUACGCCGGUUUGGCCCUGCUCGUCGAUUUCAUAUUGCAAAUCACCUGUUUCGUCAGUCUACUUUCGCUCGACACGCUGAGACAGAUGGGCAACAGAUUCGACAUCUUCUGCUUCAUCCGCGGCUCUAAGAAAGACGGUCCGUCACCGUCCGCUCUAGUCAAUCAGGAAGGUCUGCUUUAUUCGUUCUUCAAAUCGCUGUACGUUCCAUUUUUAAUGAACAAAGUCGUCCGGGCUGCCAUAAUGAUACUAUUCUUCGGCUGGCUGUGCAAUUCGAUCGCGGUCGUUCCUCACAUCGAAAUCGGACUCGACCAAGAACUAUCGAUGCCUGAAGAUAGUUUCGUUCUCAAGUAUUUCAAGUUCCUAAAAGACUACCUUUGUAUCGGACCCCCGAUGUAUUUUGUUGUCAAAGGUGGAUUGAAUUAUAGUACUCCGGCGGCUCAAAAUAAAAUAUGCGGCGGCCUAUAUUGCGACACCGACUCGUUGAUUGCUCAGAUUUAUGGCGCAUCACGUAACGCCAACACAUCCUACAUUGCUAAGCCAAGCUCCAGCUGGUUGGACGAUUAUUUCGACUGGUCAGCCGCCGCCAAGAAAUGCUGCCGAAUUAACGCCACAACUGGAGAGUUUUGCCCACAUACAAGCUCGAGUUGUAGCACAUGCAACAUCUCCUUCACCGACCAACACCGACCGACUGCCCACGAUUUCGAGCGCUACGUUUCAUUCUUCCUUCGUGAUAAUCCGGACGAAGAGUGUGCAAAAGCGGGUCACGCCGCCUAUGGUCAAGGCGUUAACUACGUGACUACUAACAACACCGACUUGAGCACCGUCGGCGCCUCCUACUUCAUGGCCUAUCACACCAUUCUGAAAACGUCUGAAGACUAUUACGAAAGUAUGCGAGCAGCUAGACAAAUCGCCGCAAAUCUGACAGACACAGUGGGUGCGGAAGUAUUCCCGUACUCCGUGUUCUACGUUUUCUACGAGCAGUAUCUGACUAUGUGGCCGGACACCUUAAAAUCGCUGGGUAUUAGUUUGUUGGCCAUUUUCAUCGUCACUUUCCUACUCAUGGGACUGGACAUAUUUAGCAGCGUCGUUGUCAUCAUUACUAUAACUAUGAUCCUGGUCAAUUUGGGUGGUUUAAUGUACUAUUGGCACAUCACCCUGAACGCCGUCUCUCUCGUGAACUUGGUGAUGGCCGUCGGUAUUGCCGUAGAAUUUUGUUCGCAUUUGGUGCACAGUUUCUCGGUGUCGAUAAAACCGACGAGAGUCGAAAGGGCCGCAGACGCAUUGGCCACGAUGGGUAGUUCCGUUUUCUCCGGCAUCACUUUGACGAAAUUCGGCGGCAUCAUCGUCCUUUACUUUGCCAAGUCGCAGAUAUUCCAGGUGUUCUACUUCAGGAUGUAUUUAGGCAUUGUACUGAUAGGCGCCACACACGGUCUUAUUUUCCUACCAGUGUUGUUGAGUUAUAUAGGCGUGAUGCAAAAUAAAAGACGUCCAACAUCAUUCGCAACAUCAUCAACUUUAUCAGAUUCGGGAGAGGGAAUUACAGUUGUGUCACCAUUGUUGCCUUCCACUUCGAGCGCCAAUUACCAUGCUAUAGUUCAUGAUCAGGAUUAUCCUGAGAUAUAAUUUAAAUAACCACUACUACUUAGGUCAAAUAUGCUUAAAAAUGACAUUAUAAACCAAUACCAAGUGAUCUUAACUAUAAGUGCUAAGUGAUUUUUUUGAAGCGAUGUGAUUUUUAUAUAAUGUUUAGAUAAAGGUCAACUAACGUGGGAGCAGCAAAGAAGACUACUGUUAUAUUGGUCGUUUUUAAAUUAAUAAAUUAUUUGAUGAUCUUCUUUGCCCUCCACUGUUAGAAUAUAUAUAUAUAUAUUGAUUUGUCGUCCGAGUCAUUGUAAUCGUUAAAUCUAAACCAAAGUAUUGUCUGAUUUAUUAAUGUCCUGUUGUAUAAACUAGGCAUCGUGGUUAACCCUAUAUCGUUUCCACACUGCCAUUUUUUACAUGAAAAUAGAAAGCUUAUACUAUUUUCUCUAAAUUGACAAAUAUUUAUGCCGCGAAAAAAUGAAACUACGAUUGUACUUAUCGAGUUUAGCACUCGAUUAUUUUUUUGUAACGAAAAAGAAAACAGUGACCAGUUUUAUGCAGUAUUUUGUUUGUCUUACUGAAUUUCAAGUAUUUAUUUUUGGUAUAUAUUUAUAACAUAUCAGAGUGAAUAUUUAUUUAAAACUAAUAACUGGAUGUGAUUUAGUUAGAAUUUAUAUUUAGAUAUAAAUUAUUUCUAUGGUAGUAAAGCUUAUAUGGUUUUAAUUUCACAAUUUGCAUUCCAUCAUUAAACCACUUUGGGAGUUCAAAUUUUAUAUUACCAAUUUUUUCGAAUGAUUUAUGUGUAAAAUUCACACAGGGUCUUUUUAGUAUUUAAUAAAAAUUAAAAAAUAUAUGUAAUUGGACUCUUCACCAUUAGCUAUGUUGUUAGUAAAUAGAUUUAUACUGGAUACUGUAUUAUUGUAUGUUAUUGUACAGGUAUUUUAUUUAAAUAAAAAUUAUUUUAUAUAA